AUGCGCUUCAUACGCCUAAAACGCUUCACAUUCUGGCACUAUCUCCGCCCGCAAUCUUACACUGCAGCAAACCGGAAACGCAUGGCCGAAGAAAAGGCAACAUACUUAGAUCAUCUCGAGCGGUGGCUGAACUACGAAGAUGCGCUUGACUCUCCUCCGCUCGCCGACGGGAUGAAUACCGAAAAGGUCGCCCAACCCGUGGUGCACAAACGAGUGGAUUCAUUUAUAGCCUCGGAUCACCCGGGAGCUGCUCUUGAAGCUGCAGAGGAGGAUGCGCGGGAUGUAGCGGCCAAAUUAAAGCGAACAGCUGAUAACGACAAUGUCACGCGAUUAGAUGUGCAAUUCCCACUUCCAUCGUGUGCACGGGAUGAAGCUGACCAGGGUUGGGCGGAUGACCGAGCGUUGCGUGAAAUGAAAGCGGCGCAAGCCUGUUCUGUCGUGCAGAAGGUGAAAAACGUUCUGGGUCUAUAG